UAGUAGUAAUAAAAAAUUUUAUACUAUAAAUUUUUUGAAAAUAAAAAUAAUGUCAAUAAAAUUGACCAUGUUAAUGAUGAUGAUGACAACCAUUAUGAUGGUUAUGGAGUUUACGGUACCAGUAGAUUGUGUGAAAGGACAAUAUUUGCACAUAAAUUUACUAACUGGUGAAAAAUAUCUGAUUGAAUGCGAUCUGUUUAACGAUACAGUUGAUGAUCUUAAACAACAUAUUAGAGACAUUCAUGGAUUUGACUUACAAUCGCAACGACUGAUUAGGAAUGGAAAGGAAUUAGAAGGCGAUAAACAAUUAGCCGAUUAUAAUAUCAAUAAUUACGAUACACUUUAUUUAGUAAAGAAAAACGGUUAUUAAGAUGCUUUUAAUGGGGGGGGGGUUUAGGGGAGGAUUCACAUAUUACGUCCGAACUUGUUGGGGAGUAGGAUGGGGUAAGUGUAGGUUAAAAAGUUUGCUAUUUUUUAGAAUAACUAUUUUCGAACAUAGGGAUGGG